AUGCAGACAAUGCCAGCACAGGUCGCGGACAUCACUCAUGGCCCGUCUGGAUCGGCCCCAGGGACCCCUGCUAAACGCAUGGCAACCAACACUAAAAAUACUCAAAGCCAAUCACACCACCUUGGUCUCAAAGAAGAGGAUAUUAAUGUCGGGGACGCCGGGGACACUCGGUCUGCCUCCCCGCGGAAAUCUCUGGACACUAUGAUUGACUUGGAAUCACCCCAGGAUUCUGAAGCUGAUCCUGAAAUUUCUCCAUUGUCAGACUAUCUCCAUCCAUUACGUUCGGCUUCCCGCCUGGCCCGCUUCUUCCCAGAGCUAUCCUCGCACUUCGCCGUUGUCUCCCCGGUCAGUGCUGGUUCCAAAAUGGACCGCUCGACGGGACCCUCUUUUUUCGAACGAGAGCUAGAAGAACGCGUGCAGACCUUAUAUCGCAGCUCUGCAGAUGUUGCCCCCGAUGCACAUGGGGCUUUCGAUAAACCGCAGAUCACCCUCUCGUCUUUUGGAUCUGAUGAGACUUUAGAUUGUGCUUCAUCAUGCUACAGUCGUCGCACUUCGGUGACCAGCGUGGGGAGUACGUUCUGGGGAGAUGAUGGACGACAUCCCUACAAAACGGCAGAUGCAUACUCAAUCUAUUCCCCCGUCGCCGCCGGCGUCUUCGACGAUGCCAGUCCCAUCUGUUCCUCGCGGCCUUCCUCAAUGGUUGUGCCCUGCCGCCUACACGUGUCAAAACUCACCUGCCCAAUCCCCGUCACUAAAAAGGCAUCGAUGAACGAUCUCAAGAACAAGCCAUUACCACUAGAGCCAUCCUUCGGUCCUAUGGUCAACACAAUACUCGAAGAGAGACUCACUGAUCUCAUUGCAACACUCCGCCACAAUGAGCCACGAGGACUGGAAGCAUUCCAUCUUACACCAGUUGAACAGCCACCGAGAUCCCAAACAUCCGUGCCAAACAUGCGUAAACAGUCAGCGUCAGCCGCAGCAUCAGGGUCGACAACGGCCGCCGAGGAACUUGAAGAUGUCCUGGGGGGCCUGGAUGAUCAAGAUUUGUCUCACAAAACGCGAUCGAUCCCCGAUGGGCCGUUGCAGAUCAGCCGCCAUAACGGGGACCUGAUUGCUACCCGGCCCGCGCCCCUCCCCCCUUCCACCAAGCCUCACUCACAAACUCCGCAAGGGAAGUCCACGCUGAAGAACAGUCGGGUCAGCACAGUCAAAUCAAUAGGCUCAAGUCCAAUCAAAGAAAAAGGUCGCAAAAUCAGUAAAAGAGAGGCUAAAGACAAGCGAUCGGGCAGGGGUAGGGAGAAGGGGAUGGAUGAAAAGGCCGAUGCCAAAAAUACUUCAACAUCCAAAGAAACCAUCAAAAAGGCAAAAUCCAAGAAAUCCUUCCUGGCUUUUCGCAAGCAAAGCCCAGCGCCGCGCGAUGGAGUUAGUGUCAGCUACCGAUCGGAGGAGUCCCUCAACAUGACAUUAGAAGCGCCUUCUUCCGAUCCCCUCGAUCUGCCCCCCACGCGCAACAGCCUGUUGCUUCAAUUACCUCGUCUACAAACCAAUGAUAUCCUGGAUCCCUUCGACCACGUUGUGGAACAAGCAAUGCUAUCGGGUAAGCCCGACCCGGCCGCCAUGGAGGGCGUGAAACUAGAGGAGAAGCCCAUAGCCUCCAAAAUCCGUCAGAGCUGGGCUUUGGUCUCGACUGCCCAGGCGAGCAGCGUCCAACUCACCGAACACAUCUAUGAGCUGCCCGCUACUUCCCCGUCACCUUUAUCUACAUUCCCUCCUAAGGUCGAGCGCAAUUUCCCAGUCAAUAUCCCUCUCCCGGAAGAUAUGCCGGUGGAUUUGAUCCUAUCAAUCAUGCAGAACAUCGACUCUCUAGAUGACCUUUUCAACUUCGCCCUCGUCAACAAAAAGAUCUACAUCGCAUUCAAAGGUCGCGAGUUGCCCAUGCUGAAAAAUGCCCUGUUCAAAAUGUCCCCGCCCGCUUGGGAAAUGCGCGAGAUGAGCCCGCCAUGGGAAAUGGAGUGGCAGCUCCUUAUAGAUCCCGACUCCCAGGUUCCGGAAUACACGCCCACGCUGUAUCUACAAAGGUACGCACAGGAUAUCUACACCCUUGCCAAGCUGAAGGCAUUGGUUCUUGCGCGGUGCGCUCCGUUCCUCCGUCGUGAUACUAUUCGUGGUCUGGCGGGCGUGGAUAGUACCCGCGCUGAAGAAGUCGACGAUGCGUUCUGGCGGCUCUGGACCUUCUGUCGGAUUUUUGGUAGUGGGAAGGGGCGGGAGAAUGAUAUCACUGGUCAAAUGGACUGGUUAAAGGGUGGUGUUCAAGCGAAGAAUCAUUUCACCUUGGCUUCGAUGAUGACACAGCCUUUCGGUAUGAAUAACGUUUUGUUUGAACCGCCCGAGGGAUUCGGUCGUGGGAAUCUCUCCGGUUUGUCUCAGAAGCAGAUGUAUGAUCUGACGGAGAUCUGGACGUGUAUGGGGGUUCUGUUGCAACCGUUGCAUGGAAAGUGCAUUGAAGCUCGCAAGGUCGGUAUUUUCGAUGGCAUGAACGUCCCAGAUGGUGAUCUAGCUCGCGAAGAGACUGUUCUCGAGGAGUGGACUUCAUACAUUCUCACGCUCGGUCUAGGCGCAGUCUUAACACUCAGCUCAGUCUGUCCAGCCGACACUACCGCCGCCACAUUCAGUAAGGCCAACUCAAUCGGUCUUACCAAAUGGGAAGCAACCGAAACCGAAGCAAGUCGAUCAUCAUUCCUAAAAGAAGCAGUCUCCCGCGCCUACGAUCUCCAAGAUCGUGCCCUUGACAGCCCAACCGAAAUCAGCCCGCAAAAGACAAGCCCUACAGAAAAUGACCGCGAGAUCCGUGAGCGCCAAGCCGGAUUCGCCCACGAGCUCCGUCGUCGCCGUGAGCGCGGUCCCGAUCCAGAUCUCCAAGGCCGGUUUUCAUUCUCUGCCGAACGCCCCAUGUCCGAGUUCAGCACUAUUGUCCAUAAUCUCAACACUUCGCUUCGAGAUCACCGGCCCAUUCCAUCUGUGCCUGCGCUCGUUCUUAACAGGUCCUCGACCUCGACUGCUGAGACAGCUCCUCAGACCCCAAUCCAUCCCUUCGAUCCUGCCAGUGUCUUUGCUUCGUCGCAUACUCCACCGCCGGCUAUGGUGCCUCUGCCUCUGCGGACGCAGGUUCUAGACCCUGUUGACCGUGCCAUUGACAUGAUGGUUAAUGAGCUUGGCUUUAGUACCCAAGAUGCUAAGUGGGCUCUUAAGAUUACAGAUACUGGUGAAGGGAUUGAUACUACUGCUGCUGUGCAGUUGCUUCAGCGUCAGCGGAAGAAGAAUGAACACAAUCCCUUUGGUCAAGGUGAUACCCUGCUGUCUGAUUUUAUUAAGUGUCAAAAGUCACAGGAAUUAGGCUGGCGUUGGGCUUGA